AAGAAGAGUGUCCUCCUGUCCUCAAUGGGGGACAUGCUGCUGCUCUUUUCUCUGUUUUCACCCGUUCUUUCUGUGUCCGUGUGUUUCUGCUGAGGUCCUCACAGACACGUUCUUCACGCCGCGUCCUCGGUUGUCCAGUGUCUGAAGUCGGAAAAGUCAUGUUUCGACGAAGACUGCCAUUCACACAGCUGGCUUUGGCCGCAGUGCUCGGAGUGUGUGGCGGUAUUUAUAUCUACAGGCCGUAUUUCGAGCCAGUGCCAAAGACCUCAGAGGAGCACGGCCAGGAUGUGCCAAAGAAAGAGCGUGAAACAGACUGAAAACAUUCAUCACUCUCAGGAAAAACUUCACAGACAGAAGCCAAAAACAAUCACAGGCUGCAGGACUGUCACAGCUGGAGCCCAAACAAACCAGAGUGACCUCUUUAUUCCAGUCGGCUGCAUUGUGUGGUUACAAAAGUAUACAAAUGAAUGUGUAAUUGUCCAUUUUGUGCUAUCACAAAAGAAAUAUUGUCACAUUUUUCCAUACCAGUUUUCUUUUCAAAUGUUUGAAAAAGAAUGCAAAAAAAGAAAAAGCCUCAAUUCAGUUUGCCUUAUACUGUCAUUUAUGCUUUCUUCUGUACAUGUUACGAUGUAACAAAUGUAUUCUAUAAAUAAAUGACUUAGAAAAUAAUGCCCCUAAAUGUGUUACCAAAUGGAUAUUUUAUCAAACUGGAAUGUCAGGCCUGUAAAGCUCUGUAGCGUUUACAAUGGUACUGAAGGACCAUUGGAACGACGUUGAAAAAAUAUAUAAAAAACCUGCUUGUUAUUUAGUCACGAGCUAUACUGUUCCCAGGUUUAUUAAUGUAUCAAAAAUUACAUCUGUUGUGCACAGAAUCAAGAAAGAAGCAACAUUUUUCUCUACAAAAUGAAAUGUGUCUAUUUUUAAAUGUUAGUCACAUAAAAAUAUGGUAAUUUAUUUAGUAAAACGUUCUUAUUGUGUCCUCCGUUAGGAUUUUUGAGGAAAAUGUAGUUGUUUUGGUGUCUUUCUACCAGGCUUAGUUUUUCUUGACCAUGUCUCCACCUAACCAAAUGGCAUGCAAAUGACAUACAGUGAAAAGCUUCUGA